AUGAAGCAUCUGUUCCUACGACGAUGGAUUCCAUUUGAUAUCGGAAAUGUUGUUGCACCGAUUCGUGAAACAAGCGCUCAAACUUUAAGCAUUAUUUGUAAUCGUUUACACGGUCGACCUCAAUGUUCAUCGUUAAUAUCGAUCCUGUUAAAUUUACUCAAACACAAUGGUACUUGGGAAAUUCGACAUGGCGCUCUACUUACACUCAAAUACACAUUCAACAUUCUCAAAGAAAUACCCAACGAUAUACGAAUCUCCUGUGUUCAAGCAGUACGACAAUGUCUUCAAGACGAAUCCGAUGAUGUUGUUUCAACUGCUGCAGCAACAUUAUUACCUCUUGUUACUCAAUACGAAUCUGUUGUUCUGGACUGUACAUCUGGUUUAAUCAGUGAACUUAUUUUAUUGCUUGAUUCCAUGGAUGAUCUUAAUUCAGCAGCAAGCUCAAUUAUGAAUCUUCUUGCUAAAUUACUUGCAUCGAAUUCAGCAGAAAAAUUUAAAUUAUCAUUUGCCCAAGUUUUACCAAAAAUUUUUCCAUUUUGUCGCCAUCAUACAUUACCAUUUCGUUUAGCUGCAAUUGAAACUGUUAUGAAAAUUAUUGAAGCUAGUCAAUCUAAAUUGAAUACAUGCACAUCAGACGAACUAUCGGUACUUGAACGUACAUUUCGUCUGCUUUUCGAACGAUCCAUACUCGAAUCUGAUGAUAAAAUACUUGCAUCAAUCGAACAAGCAUGGAAUAUUCUUUGUCAAUCGAAUCUUAUAGUGCAAUUAUGUACAUAUUCUUCAUAUCAACGUUGGAUUUGUUUAGCUGUUCAUCCGGCUAAAGUACCAAUUAGUCCAGCUUUGUUAUCGAAUGAUGAUCAAAAUCCACAGUCAGCAUCAGUUAUGGAUCAGGAUGAUAGACGUUACUUAAGUUGUUCAACGACAAAUAAUCAUCAGUAUUUAGCUAUGGGUUUCACUGUAUGUCAUCAAGAAGCUCCUUUGGAGCAAGAUCGUGCUGUUAUUAAAUGUCGUCGUUUAGCAGCUCGAUUACUUGGCCGAUUAUUUUCUGAUUAUGACCAGCAGCAAUCAAAUGAUGUUUUAAAUUAUUUAAAAAAUCUUAAUUUUCGUUCAGCUGUACAGCGUAUGGUUGCAGGAAUGAUUACUACUGAAUGGGCUAAAAGCAUGAACAAUGUUUCAAUACAUGAAAAUAUUCUUCAAGAACAUUUUCAAAAAGCAUUAAAUGAAACACUUUAUUUUGAUGAAAUAGCUCCAGCAUUUACUAAACUAAAACGUGAUUUCACAUCAUUUAUGCAUGAUUGUGCUAAACAACGAUUAUGUAAUCCACAAUCAAUAGAAAGUAUUGAACUUCAUUCGGUGGAUCAUAUUAUAGAAUUAUGUGACAAUGUUCAUUCUAAAAUUGAUGCAUUUCCUCAAUUAAAUGCACAAAAGCAAAAUAUUCGUGAUGAAGCUCAACGAAUACAAAACGAAUCAGAAACUCUUGCACUUAGAUCAACGGCUUAUCUAGCAUCAGCUUGUGUUUAUUGGCACUUUCUUGGGGAUCAACUAAAUCCUCUUAUUCGACCAUUAAUGGAUACACUAAAAAAAGAGUCAGAUCCACAAAUUCAAAAUGAUAUAGCUCAAGCUGUUGCAAAUCUUAUUUGGCAGUGUUCACAGCGAACAGCAAGUCCUAAUCCCAAUAGUAAAAUUAUCAAAAAUCUAUGCAGUUAUGUGUGUGCUGAUUCAGACGAGACGCCUCGUAUUACGAAUCCUUCAGGUUUUACAGAAUCCAGUGAAACACCAGCUCACGUUAAUGAAGAAUAUAGUUGUACUGUUCUCAAGGGAAUUUAUACGUGGCAAAAAACAAACAGUGAUGAUACAACCAGACCUCCUCUAAAUCGUGAUUCAUCAAGUGGCUCAACACCUACACCUUCCUCGAAUAGUUCAGCUACAAAAAAAUUUAAUUUUGACACACCAAAUACUAAUGAUUGUUCAAGAUACGGGGGUGAAUGUGCUCUAUCUGCUAUUUGUCAUCGAUUUGGUACUGAACUUGAAUCAACAUUAUCAGAUUUGUAUGAUCGAACAGUAAUAGAUAUUGAACAAUUUAACGACGAUUUAUGUCAAACACAAUCAACAAAUGAUGCUCAACAUUUAGCAGAUACAAUUCUAAUUCUUUCAACACUUAUUCCACAUGUUCAUGAAACUGUUUUAAAUAAAUAUCUCCUUUUUUUACCUAAUUUAUCUCGUUGUUUAUCAUCUAAAUAUACAGUCAUACGGUUUUUAACUGCUCGUUGUAUCGGUAUUUUAUCUAUGCAUAAGACUGAGUAUGUACUUCAAUUUAUUAUUGAUUCUAUUCUGCCAAAAUUAGCAAAUACAAAUAUGGAUACGAAUUAUUUACAGGGACCCAUUGAAACUUUAUACCAUAUUAUUGAUAAACAAGCACUUAAUAUUGUUCCAUAUGCAAAAAAUUUGAUGCUACCUUGUAUUCAAUCUAUGACACAUCAAGAUUGGUAUAUAAGAUCAAUAGCUAGUAAUUGUUUUGCCGUUCUUAUCAAAUACUAUGCACUAUAUAAUGAUGAUAAAAGUAUUGAACACACAAAUGGUAGAGAAAAUGAAAAUUUUCUUGAACAACUUUUCGAUAAUACAAAAAUGCCUGCUUAUCAUUUACCAAUGCCAGUUAAAGCAGAUAUACGGCCAUAUCAACAUGAUGGAAUCAAUUGGUUAAUGUUUCUUAAACGAUACAAUUUAUCUUGUGUUCUUGCUGAUGACAUGGGUUUAGGAAAAACACUGCAAACAAUUUGUGUUCUUGCUGCUGAUAUUGUUGAACGAAGAAAAGAAAAUUUUGAAAUUCGUCCAUCACUUGUUGUGUCACCACCAACAUUAACGCGACAUUGGACAAGCGAAAUGAAUAAAUUUAUUGGUGAAGAUAUACUUCGACCUUUACUCUAUUCUGGAAAAAAUUUAGCUGAACGUGAAGGAUUAAGAGUUAAAUAUCGUCAAAAUCCGAAAGAAUAUACAGUUAUUGUUGCUUCAUACGAUGUUGUUCGUAGUGAUAUCGCAUUUUUUUCAACAAUUCCAUUUAAUUAUUGCGUACUUGAUGAAGGACAUGUGAUUCGAAAUUCUAAAACAAAAUUAUCCAAAGCUAUUCGUCAGAUCUCAGCAGCCCAUCGUCUUAUACUAUCGGGUACACCUAUACAAAAUAAUGCACUUGAACUUUGGAAAUUAUUUGAUUUUCUAAUGCCGGGUUAUUUGGGAUCAGAAAAACAAUUUAUUCGUCGCUAUCAAAAACCAUUACUAGCAUCAAGUCGUGAUCGUGACCUUGAACAUGGACAAUUAGCAAUGGAUGUUUUGCAUAAGCAAGUUAAGCCAUUCAUGUUACGUCGUUUGAAGUCAGAUGUAUUAGAUGAUUUACCACCAAAGAUUUUGCAAGAUUAUUAUUGUGACUUAAGCUCAAUUCAGUGUAUGCUCUAUGAAGAUUUUGCUAAUAAAACGAAAGAACAAGUUAAAUAUGCUACUGAUGAAGAUUCACAAAGUUCUAAUGGAAGUGUUGCCACAGGACAUGUAUUUAAAGCAUUACAAUAUUUACGUAAACUAUGCAAUCAUCCAUCAUUGAUUUUAACACCUGAACAUCCUAAAUGGUUCAAUGUACAGAAUGAAUUAAGAGAAUCACAAAUCACUCUAAAUGAUAUUCUAUUAUCAGGCAAAUUACUCGCUCUUAAAGAAUUAUUAAUUGAAUGCGGUAUUGGAGUAUCAAGAGAUUCUGUUGUAUCAGCGCAUCGUGCAUUGGUUUUUUGUCAAAUGAAAGUGAUGAUUGAUGUUAUUAUUAAUCAAGUUCUUGGAACGAUGGAUAAUGUUAGUUUCCUUCGUUUGGACAGUUCAAUGAAUACAGCUGAUCGUUUUAAUACAGUUAAUUUAUUUAAUUCAGAUCCAAGUAUAGAUCUAUUGUUACUUACGACACAUGUUGGUGGUCUUGGUUUGAAUUUAACUGGUGCUGAUACAGUUAUAUUUGUUGAACAUGAUUGGAAUCCAAGUAAAGAUCUUCAAGCUAUGGAUCGUGCACAUCGUAUUGGACAAAAGAAAGUUGUUAAUGUUUAUCGAUUAAUAACAAGAAAUACAAUUGAAGAAAAAAUUAUGAAUCUUCAACGAUUUAAAACAAAUUUAGCUGAUACGGUAUUGGGAUCAGAUAAUAAUUCGUCUAGUUUACUUACUUUAGAGAAGGAUACAAAUUUAAUUGAUCUUAUAUCGUUAGGAGAUGAAGCAAAAGGACAAUCAUUAGUAACAGAUAAUUCUUCGAAAAAAUCUAAUUCAAAUAAAAAACAGACAUUGAAAUCGAUGCUUGAUACAUUCUCUGAACAAGUUGAUAACGACGAAGAUUGCUAUAAUGAUGAAUACAAUGUGAACAAAUUCAUUCAACAGCAUUAA